GAAGAAGAAGAAGAAGAGAAAAGUCUACCUGAGAGACAAACUCAGGGCACUAAUGCUCUGGAGAUUUGUUUACGCAGCUGAGAGUGACGCGCUGCUCUGUUGGUGUGUGUCCUGGCCUGCUACCUGUAGUUAGCCACACAAGUGACCCCCGGAGACGAUAGUGUGGGGUAAGAUCUGUAGGCCGGUAAUGCAUUGAGGCAAUAAUGGAGACCACAGGCAGUGCCACUGAAGGUGACCCUCUGAAUAGGGGCGAGGACGGGGCAGAGACGAGAACAGUGCCAUCAGCAACGGAGCUGAAGAAGAAGGGUUGUAAGGGAGUCUUGGGUGUUUCCAAAUUGACCCAUUGGCGAACUGCAGUCUUCUUCUUCUCCCUGUUCCUCUGCCUCACCAUUGUGUUUGCCUUCUCAUUCAUCAUCCCCUGUCCUGUCAGACCACAAUAUCUCGUUACCUGGAACAGGACUUUCUCUGAAGCAGCAACCUAUGACUUCUUAGCUAUUGAGGAUGCCAGCAAAGACAAGGUGAUGGAUGUCCUGUUUGUCCUCCAAAACACAAAAGGCAGUCAGAACAAUACAUGUGAGGAUGCAGGUCUUCCCUCGCCAUGUGUAUUUGUGUUGGCAGUGGAUGGAACAGAUGGAGAGACCCUGUGGGAGUGCCCGCUGGCCCCCGAGUUCCACUGGGCCCAGUGUGGUCUGGAUGAAGAAAAAGGCCAAACAUGGGACUACUGUCUGCUGUCUCAUUCUGACCAACUCACAGCUGUUGACAAAUACACUGGUGACAUCAAGUGGCAGCAGCCUCAGCCUCCCGGUCUGAACAGCACUGUGCCUGUUCUUAUUGUCCCAGAUCUGGAUGGGGACAAGGUCAGCGAUGUGGCUCUGGUGGCAUCUGACAACACCCAGACUCAGCUGGCAUUCCUCUCAGGGAAGACAGGUGUCCAGAUCGGUUCUACGGUGGCUCUUGACUCUACAGAGACAGCCAAUCAUCUUCCCUAUUACACUACAGAAGGUUCUUACUAUGUACUUCUACAAAAAGACACUGGCUUGUAUGGACUGGCACUGUGGAGGAUUGCUGCCAAGGCUAAAGCAGGGAUGGAGGUGGGCCUCAAGAAGGACAAACACUGGGAGAAGGAUGCCAGUGCAACAUCUGGCCUUGUACCUGUCUACGAAUCUGAUUCAGUGAGACAAGUGCUAAGAAUAAGGGUAAUGGGUCGUCUACCCAACCUGCUGCUUGUGACUGGAAACGAGGUGGCAUUAGUCGAUGGAAAACGUUUGCAGCUACUGUGGAGAUUCAACACAAGCUCAAUCUUCGGGAAGCCCUCAUUUGGCCACUUUAACAAAGACGAUGUCCUUGAUGUUGUGGUCGAGGAGGAUAUUGGCAACUCCACAAAGAGGGUCAUAAUUCUUGAUGGGAGGUCCGGUGGUGUGCUGUGGGAAGUCACCCUUUUGGCGAGUCCGAACUCCCCGAGACCAACCUCAAUACACACCACCAACUCCUUCUCUGUCUUUAUGUUUUGGGGCAUGAUGCCCUCAGAGACCAACUCAUCUGAACCAUUUGCAAGUGAUCGACAUUCUUACUUGCUCCUCCCUCUCUAUUCUAAAGUCCUCCUUGAGUCGACCAGUGUCCUAGACCACAUCAUAACGUUUAAAGCCACUCUGUUGGAGAACGGGCGCCAUGCUGCCUACAUCCUGCUGACAGGUCCUGCGACGGAGGGAGUUGAAGGCACCGUGGUCCUCAGCAAGCGAAAGCUGAAGCAGGACGUCCCUGACAGCAAAGUGCUCCGUAUUGGUACCGGCGGAACUACGGAUACCAAUAAGGACAUCAAAGAGGCCUUCAAUCGUCUCCGCUUCAGCGAUUGGUGAAAGGACCAAAUGUAAAAUGUAGAGUGUAUCCUCAAUGUUGAAAGCAUUUUGGCACAGCUGAUUCUGGUGGCUUAAAAACCAAAGUGUGUCCACUAGCUAUGACUUUCAAACUACUGACAACCCAAACAAAAUCUGUUUCUGUUUAGAGACUUGGGUUGACAGCUCUUUUAAUCUCCAUUGGACAAACUGGGCAUUAUCCGAUUUCAGACUUGACUUCAGCCAUACAUCAUAUGGAGUUUGAUCAUACUUAGUGUCCAAAGAACCACUGGCCUCUGACAAUCGCACAGCAUGUCUGCUCCUCUCCUGCUGAUAAAUCCAUGAAGAGUUCCUGCCAUGCAGUACUGUUUCUAGCACUUUCAUGCAUUAAUGCAAUGCUCUUUUUUUUUUUUUUUUUUUUCAUUGCAGAGGCUGGAUUAUUAUUUGAAUCUAUGCAACUUUGUCGUACUGGGCUUUGAUAGCAGCAGACGCAUGCCACCACAGGUGGUCGUUCAAAGUGUAUUAUUUGAAUUAUAGCAGCAUAAAAGGCAAAGUCAUAGGGCUUUCUUUUUGGUACCUUUCCGAAAACCUGUGCAGUAAAACAGAGCGAUGUACACUGAAACUUGAAAUAUGACAGAAACCCCACCAACCUGACACGAUGUGGUUACAUUUUUAGUUACAUUUUCUGUUCAUUGUAGUCAAUGGUACUGUUGUCGACAAUCAAGAUGUGUGUAUUUCACUUUUUCAAUCCAAGAUGCUGUAACUAUGCUCUUUAAUGCACACUGACUUAACCUUUGAGUCUCAACGGUUCUCCAUAAUAUUUAGUUACUGCUGUGGGUUUUAACUCAGUGAUUUGUUUUAGUUGAAUGGGUUCAAAUGAGCUUCCUGUUUUUGCUGUACAUUAAUGUAUUGAACCUGUGGGCCUUUGUCAAAGCUGAUGUUUCUCUCUAACUUUGUUUUAAUUUGAGCAAUAUUAAACUAUUUUAAAAUGA